AUAAAAGGCUGCUCUAACCGAGCCUUUAUCUUCACCUUCAACGACAACUGGCGACUUGUAGCCAAACUACCAUUCAGAGUUGCCGGCCCGGCAAAACUCACCACAGCAUCUGAGAUUGCUUGUAUUAAGUGCCUUAGGACAUACCCAUUCAAGUACCUAACUAACAAACAUUCCCAUCUCACAGAUGCUGGAUUGGAGCGCCGAUGUCUCAACUCCCAUUGGAAGCGAGUAUAUCACCACCGAACAUGCAGGCGGGGUGUCAGUCUGGAAGAAAUAGUCGUUCAUGAUAGUGAACCAGCGAAUCCGAUUUAUCGAGGCUGUGUACGAGCAGCUGAAGAAGGUAGUCAAACUGAACUCCCCGCCUACGGAAGCAUCGAUUUUGACGACGAGCAUGUCAAAUUUUAUCCUACAAAGGCCCUCAAAGAUGGUUUCUGUAUUAGAUCACACUGA